AUGUUUGCCAAGAAGAACCUGAGCCCGCACGACCUGACGGUGCUGUUGGGCGCGCACACCAUUGGCUUCUCGCACUGCGUCAACUUUCGCGACCACAUCUACAACGGCACCGACAUCGACCCGGCGUUCGCCAUGCUGCGCAAGCGCUCCUGCCCCGCCCAGGCCCCUGACGGCGACGGCAACCUGGCACCGUUAGACGUGCAAACGCCGCUCGUAUUCGACAACACCUACUAUCACAACCUGGUAGCCAAGCGCGGCCUGCUGAGCGCCGACCAGUUGCUCUUCAACGGCGGCUCCCAGGACGCGCUGGUGCGCCAGUACGCCGCCAACCCGAAGCUCUUCGAGUCCGACUUCGUGACGGCCAUGAUCAAGAUGGGGAGCCUCACCCCGCCCAGCGGAACCCCCACCCAGAUCAGACGCCACUGCAGGGUCGUCAACAGCUAG